GAUCUUACAACCGGUGAGAAUGAGGAAUAUGGAGAAGGGUGCAAUAAGAGUCUGGUAGAGCCGGAUUUGGAGGAGGACAUAGGGUCCGAAAAAUCUUUCCCGAGACGACGCGGAGACGAGCUGCGGUUGCGCGUCUUCGAGGAAAUGUACGGCGAAAAGGAGUACGUGUUACCGGGCCUCGCCGACGAAAGCGACCCUUCCUGUGCGUCUUUUCUGUUCGCGGCAUGCAGGUUGUGGCGGUCGGACGCCGAGAAGCUGCGGUUUAGCUUUGACGACUGGGCUGACGGCCUCGAGACCAGUAAGCAUCCGGAUGAGCUCGUGCAAAAGUGGACUGGUUUGGAGUGGUAUGGCCAAGAUUUUUUCCGGGACCAUGUUUUCCGCGAUAAAAAUGGCGUGGAGUACGUGCGCACUGCACGUGAAAAUUCUCCAAGGCACCAGGUCUGCCUCCCGGUGAACACGAUUUUGGUGUUGAAACUGCUGUUCUUCGCGAAACCGGGUGACGCCAUUGACAACGGGUGGAGCAUAACAAAGCGCAUGCUGGAGGACUAUUUGUUUUGGUGCAAAGGGGCGGCUGAGAGCCUGGAGAAGCGCGUGAACGUCCUGAGCAGUAUGUACGCAGCGUUCAAGGCUAGCCACUGCGACGGCGAUAAGAGUUUGGCGGACCUGGCAGCGCUGCUCGAGCAUCAGCGAGCUCGCUGGGAGGAGAGGCAGCAAGAGUGGUUGCAAGAUCUUAGGGAGACGCCCGAACAAGAAGCAAAGGUAGAGGAGAUGGGCAGAACUAGGGCACCAAAAAUUCCCGGUGUUGAAGAAGACGAUCGUCAUCGCGGCUGUCGGGACGUCGAGUCGAACGCAGGUGCGCGGGACGAAAACAAUGCUUCUGAAGGUCGCGGACUGGCACGAGGAGCAAAAGAAAAUUUUAGCGGAGAACAAGAUGCAACUGCGAAGAUCUCCUCAACUUCUGCCCCUUCUACUGCUAAAGCUAAGGAGGUCGCUGCGCUCCUGUGGCAGAAGAAUUACGGGACGUUGCAGUGCUUCUGUGAUCAUUUACUGGAAACCGACUGGCACGCAUUCCGCCUGGAAAUUUUGCAGAAGAAACAGCCGGAGGGAAGGGAGAGCCCCUUCCGCUUGGCGCUGCUCUACUGUUCUUGCUGCUUUGGUAUUUCUGAAAAAGACAGGGUUCCGCUGACGGAAGCGAGCGCCAAGGAGCAGAUGCUCACGAAGUUCUUGCACAAGGAUCAGAAGGCGGCGGCCGCCUUCGAAUAUCUCGAGUUCUUGCAGUUUGCGGUCUCGUGGCUGCGGCGUUUCGACGGGGAAACCGAGUUGUCCCGGUUGCAACACAAGUUGGAAAUGGAAUUCGACACCAUGGAAGCCUUGCACGAAUUCUGGACGGGACAGGCCCACGGCCUCAGCGUUUUCCAGCAGCAACUCCACUUAUCGUAAAGAAAAAUCCCCCCUCCCCAUAUUGAAAACGCAUCCGUCUGAAAAUUUGUGAUGCACAUUUGUGACCUCAAAUCUUGUCUGUCUUGCAAGAAGGCAAGUCCAGAGAGCCCCCUGCAUUUUGCAGGCGGUUUGUGAUGUUGUUGGGCUUAGAGCAUACACGUUUGUCAUGCUAGGCGCCUACGUCAAAACCUCUCGACCGAGGCUUGACAUAUGCCUGCAGUCCUUUACUGCAAGACAAAUCUGAUUUGUGUACGGAAAUCCAGCAUCAGAAACUUCGUUUCGAUAUGGGGAGGGGGGAUUUUUCCUCUUGAUACCACUUCAAGGACGCCCACGAGGAGUUUCGAGCCAAGGUGUGUUACAGGAAAAUCUGGAUCGAGACGGCGAUGGAAGAGCUUGGAGAAUUCGUCGC